AUGCAUUCCAGCCGGCCCCAGACGUCAUACUUUUUCUGUUUUCCCCUGCCGCCCGCCGUCGGCCUGGGCUGGCCCAGCUGGCCUGCACGUGGCCCUGGGGCUCACCACACCAUCAACUCCACGCACCACAAACCAGCACCUACUACCCCGUCCUCCUUCUUAGCCCGCCUAUUCCAGGCCGCCGCCAGUGACAUUCUCCGAGCUGCCGCCCGUAAAGUGCGCCCCCUAGAAUUAGCCGCCGGCCCCCGCCCCCUUUUUGUGUCUGCAGGCCCUUUGGACGUUUUUCUGCUUGUUUUCUUUGUAUCGGCCCGCCGCGUCGCACCCGCCGGCCCCAGCACCGCGACCACUGCGAAACACCCUGGGACCUCCCAUCCGAGCACCCUCUGCGACGCCCCAAGUGCACGCCUGAGCACGCCGAAACGUACCAAAACGCCAAAGAAACACCACAAACACAAACAUCACACAGAGAAACGGACAAAAAACACAAACACAAACAGCAACAAACAACAACAAGUAGCUACAAACAACAACAAGUAG